AUGGAAGGAUCUUAAGAUAUUUCUGAUAUUGCUUAGAAUCUUAAUAAAUAUGAACCUGCAUAAGUAUUAUCAUCUAAUUUCAUUAUGGAUAUAUUGGAUAAAGAUAUAAUAUAUAAAUAUAUAACUGAGUUGAAGAAAACAGAUAAUUUAUUAAUUUUAAUUGGAGAUAAUGAAUAUUAANAGUUAAAUAUUAAUUAACCUUCUAAAAGAAUCACAUAUAAAUUAAUCCUUUUCUUGGAACUGUAUUUCCUCUUUUGUUAGAACCUUGUGACUUGGAAUAUUAGUGCAAAAAGCCCUUCCAUUUGUUAAACAAAAUUAAUAAUCAGAAAAGACAUUGACUAAAUAGUUGAAUUCCAUUAUAUUGGACCAGAGGCUGCUGAAGUGAAUUAAUCUUUUAAGUUGCUAUAAGAAUUGGAAGAAGUCUGAUUUUGAUUCAACUAUUGGAAUUCAUCUAUCAGUAGCAGAGGUAUUAAUAAUUAAAUAAUCUACCUUAGAUUGAUUUCUUUGAUGAUUUAAUGGCUAAAGAUGGAGGUUCAUCUAAUGCAUAUACAGAGCAUAAAAUACUAAUUAUUAUUUUGAAAUUACAGUGAAUCAUUUAGGUAAAGCUUUAGAUGCAUUUGCUCAUUUCUUUAUUGAUCCUUUAUUUAAUGAAGAUGCUGUAAAUAAGGAGAGAAAUGCAGUAAAUUCAGAAUAUGAAAUGGAUGUAAGUAGUGAAGAUUGGAAAGUUGUCAAUCUUUUUGCACUUUUAGCUGAUCCUAAACAUCCAGCAAGUAGAUUUAGUAUAGGUAACAAUGAUGUUUUGGGCAAAGAAGGUGUAGUUGAAGCAUUAAAGAAAUUUUAUUAAGACAAUUAUUCACCAAAUAUAAUGAGUGUAGCUGUAUCAAGGAGAUUAUCAUUAAAUUAAAUGGAGAAAUUAAUUAAGGUAUUUUAAAAGAUAGAAAAUAAAAAUUUAAUACCUAAAUCAUUUUCAGGAUUUCCAUAUUAAAUUGGAUUAUUGGGUAAAUACAAAACAGAAAAGAAAUAGAUUUUGUUAAAUUGGUAAUUAAGUGGAAGAGAAUAAUAUAUACACUAAAAACCUUUAGAAUUAAUAGAUUAUUUAUUGAAUAAUGGAAAUUUAAAAGAUUAUUUAAAGGAGAAAUAAUUAGUGAUUGAAUUUGAAUCUUCAAUUUUUAUUGAAUAAAAUCAUUUUGUUAAUUACAUUAUAGAAUUAAUAUUACCUGAAUAAUAAUUAAAUGAUGGUAACAUUGCUCUUGAAAUUACAAGAGUUAUAAAUAAUUAUAUCCAAUAAUUAGAAGAAUGGUUAAAGGAUGAUAAAUAUUUAGAAGAAAUAUUUAAAGAACAAAGUUAAAUUUCCAAAAAAUAAAUUUUGAAUAUAUGGAAGGAUCUUAAGAUAUUUCUGAUAUUGCUUAGAAUCUUAAUAAAUAUGAACCUGCAUAAGUAUUAUCAUCUAAUUUCAUUAUGGAUAUAUUGGAUAAAGAUAUAAUAUAUAAAUAUAUAACUGAGUUGAAGAAAACAGAUAAUUUAUUAAUUUUAAUUGGAGAUAAUGAAUAUUAAUUUAUAGAUAAUACUUUUAAAUUUAAUAAUAAUAAAGAAUUCUUAAAAGAUAAGAAUUUAGAUAAAAAGAGUGAGAUUUAUCGUUUAGAAUAUGCAACUUAGAAAAUGGAUAAAGAUUCCAUUAAAAUCAUUACUUAAAAAGAUUCAAAAUUAUAAUAACUAUUUAAUAAACCUUAAAAGAACCUAUUUAUUCCAGAUGAUUUAAAAUUAGUAUCAUUAUGUGAAUCAAAUAAAUUUAAACUACCUAUAUUGAUAAAUUCUGAUUAAUUGAAACCAUUGGAUAAGGAUGCAAAAUUAAAUUUAUUAUUUAAUGCAGGAUAAGAUUUAUAAAAAUAUUCUAAAGAUUAAAUUAAAAAGUAAGAAAAUGUAUAUCUAAAGAACAAUUAUUAUCUAAUUCUAUUAAAUAAAGAGAAUAAUUAAUAGUGGAAAUUUUCUACUUUUUAUAAAUUACCUAAUGUAUAUGGAGCUAUAUUCAUAUCAUAUACUUAACCAUUAACAAUAAGGUAAUUUACAUCUAUGAGAAUUUUUAAUUUUAUUUCAGAAAAAGAAGUAAAUAAGUAACUCAGAUAACCAUUAACAACUGGAUAUUCAGUAGAAUUAGAUAUGAGUAAAUAAAUAGAAAUUAAAGUUUAUGGAUUUAGUGAAAAAGUUAGAAGUUUUUUCAAGAAAAUAUGUGGAUGUAUAAAUCCAUUUAAGGAUAAAACUAAUAGUUUCAUUUAAUUUGAAUAAACAAAAUAGGAAUCAAUUGAAUUCAUUAGAGCUAAGUAAUCACUUAUUACAUCGAUAAAGGAUAUAUUUUAAAUGAAAUUAUUUGAAUAGUCAUUUCAAUUAUAUCUUCCAUUAAUUUUAAGAAAAGAUUUUUUUAAUCCUGAAUAAGUAAUAUAAUAAAUACAAAAUAUUACAGAAGAAUAAAUGAUUUUAGAUAUCAAAGAAAUACUUUAAAAUUCUAUUUAGAGUUCACUUUUGGUUGGUAAUCUAGAUAAAAAGUAAGCCUAAGAUAUAUCUUCUGAAUUGAAAACUUGCAUUUAAGAUGAAAAUACAAAUAUUCAUAUAUCAGAAAGAUUACCAAUUUAUGUUUUGAAUUUGAGUGGAAAAAAUUGGAUAUUUGCUAAAUUUGUGGAAUCAGAUAAAGGUAAUUUGAAUGGAGUUACAUUGAAUUAUUAUCAAAUAGGUUAAAGAACUUUAGAAAAUUAUGCUUUGAUGAAGAUUCUUUAACCUUUUCUUAAUUCUUAAGCAUAUAAUCAUCUUCGAACUAAUCUAUAAUUAGGUUAUGUUGUUGUUAUGAAAUUCAAAUAAAUUAGUUGCAUUGAUGAUGCAUUAUUUUUAGUUUAAGGCAAUAAAGAAUUACCAUUUAAAGUUAAUUAAUUAAUUAAUAGAAAAAUUCUUAUUAUAAUUUGAUAAAUAUUUGAAAAAAUUAAAGAAUAAAUAAUUUGAACAUUUAAGACAUAGUUCAAUUAUUGAAUUAAGAGAGAAACCUUAAACAUUGAGCGAAGAAGCUGAUAGAUUAUGGAGUUAUAUUAGUUCAGGAGACUAUACUUUUGAAGAGAGACAAGUUACAAUAGAGAUGAUGAAAUUAAUUACUAAAGAUUAAAUAGUAGAAUUCUUUGAAAAUAUAUUCAUAAAAAAUAGAUCGAAAAUAAGUCUUUAAUUAUAUGGGUAUCUAUAUAUAUAUAAAUAUAAUAAUUAGAGAAGGUAUGGUUUCAAAAACAUUAGGUUUAAAGAACAAUAAAGAAUUGUAACAUUUUUUUUUUUCAUAUAGAAAUUAUAUUAUAUUAAAUUAAAUUAAAUCAAGUUCAAAUAACAAAAUGAUUCCUUGUUUAUUAUCAAUAAUCUUUGGAACAAUUUCUACAAUGAUAAUAGGAUUUUAUUGGUAUUCAAUAUUAUUUCGGGACAGUUAUUUAAAAGAAGCAAAUAUCAAACUAGAAAAAGAUCAUGAAUAAAAUAAUUAGAGCAGUUAGCCUUUAAUUUUAGAAUUAUUGGCAAGAUUGCUUUAAGCAUCCCUAAUUACAUACCUAUAUAGCAUUCUCAAAAUAAAUGUAAUAUAAAUAAUUAAAGUAAGAAUGAAAGAGAUUUUGGAUUGGCGCUAUCAUUGGCAGUGUUUUUUUGUGUCAGUUUUUAAGUUUAAUAUUAUACAUCAAAAGUUGUUUGGGAAUAAAAAACAUGGAAUUAUUUUUUUAUGAAAGUGACUGAACAAUUUAUAUCACUUUCAACUCUUUCAACAUUAACAUACAUAUUUGUUCCAUGA